AUGCCGAGUCAAGAUGUUCCUGAUUUCGACAAGAUACCAGAUCUAGAGCCAACCAUUGUCGAUGGAUGGGCUACGUGCACUGAGUGUGGUGGAAGAGUUCACGUUGGAACUGGUGGCCUCGCAAAUUGGAGGCAGCAUAUAAAAGGAGAAAAGUGUAGGAGACAGAAGAUGCAAGAAAAGUCUAUAGUUGGAGAGCAGACAGAUGGCGCAAUUGAUGCUAUGUUGUUCGAUGCUCUAUUGUCCUUUGUCAUACAAAAGGUCACAGCUGUACACGACGACUCAUCCACAUGUCCGGAACUUCAUUCCAACGUGCAAGUGGUAUCUCCCUUCCAAACCAUCAUUGACGCUCCAUCACAACCCCCGAUCAAUGUCGACAGGCCUUCAUCGCGAUCUCCGAGGCCAGAAAUUCAUUCCUUGCCUUCACGUAGUACUUCUAUCAAUGUCGACUCUUUGCCAACAUGCAGUAUGACAACUGAUAAACCUAAAGAUGACAUUAGUUCCAUUACAAGUCUUUUCCGUUCGCAUACUUACCAAAACCGCAAGGUCAACGGUCCUUGUCAAGGAUUUCGACCAAAACUACCUUCCGGAAAGGCACCCGAGGACAUCUAUCCCUUUUUCCUUCACCGGACCACUUCACUUCCUUGGGAUUACGCUGUCAAAAGGGGCGUACUCGUUCUACAUCAUCAUCAGUGUGAAGUAACCUGGAUAGAAACCUGCGACUCCGACGAAUCCGAUCCGGCUAUCAGGCGUUCAUGUCGAUAUUGCUCUAAUCUCCCUGAAGACAACACUCUUGCGGGAAUUCUUCGUCGUUUCGAGACUGGUGUCCCACUCUGUACAGAGUAUAAGUACCAUGGGUUCGAAGGCAUUCUGGAAAUCGCGCGGCGCUGGCACGAGAAAGCCCAAACAAAAUGGCUAGGAGAGCUGAACAUGGCCCGAAACAUCAUACCCCCGGUGGCGGCUGCAACAGAUGACCCAAUCUCGUCUACUACUUCAAAUCUUGAACAACCAUCACCACCAGCACUGAAGGAGCCUCCCAGACCUCUCGAACAAGAGCCAGAUAGCCAGAUAGCGCGUCGGAAAAGAAAGGUUACUGAAAUUUGUGAGGGCUUGUGCGAGGGCUUAUGUGGUAGCGUGGUCACGGAGGACAAGCAGAAUGGAGGUGGAGAGCCAAGUAUCAAACGUAAGCGUAACGGCGAUACUGUAUAG